UUAACAGAUAUUUGUCAGCACCCUUUGCUUAAAGGAAAUAAUCUUUCUACUGUAAGAAUUUUAAUUUUAUUCAAUAUAAGGAUAGUAUUAGUAUAAGAAAUAAUUUAUUACAGUCAAAAAAUUCUGGCCAGCAUAGUUAUAAAUGUUAUUUGGUUAAUAAGAUACAUUUAAAAAAAUUGUAUCUAGUGUCUAGGGAUGUAAAUCAACUGAUGUUUAUGUAUUCUUCGUAGGCUGCAAAUAGUGAGCUACUUUUGUUAAGAGACAUCCUGUUACAAGUAGCUGAUGAAGUUUGUGAAAUAGUUUGUCAGAUCAAGACAGGGGAUUUAAUGAAAUUUGUGUCUUCUGACCAUGAACGGCUCCAAAAACUUCUGCUUGUAAGGUUGGUACAAAUUUUGUAUGAUCAUCACUUUUUCAAAACUGUUUUCAUUAAUAUUUUAUUAAAUUAUGCUUUUAAAAAUAUUCUUCUUCUUAUAAAUUAAAUGCCACUGUUUCAAAUUUCAAUAUUUUUUCUAUAGAAAACAGAUUAAAGAUAUUGGGAUUAUAGAUGUGGGAAAA